UCAAGUUGGGUUAUUCAUGCUGAAUAGGUAUCCCUUUUCCUGCAAGCAUUCGGGAAGCUUCGUGCUGCAAGUUUUGAUUUGGAGAAUUCCUCAUUCUUACGUCUUGUGUGUUGUAACUGCACAGCGGAAAUAUAAAGGUGUUUAGUAUAUUCUUUGGUUUGAGGAUUGAAGAACAAUGUGCACCAAUUUUCUCACAGCCUGUUCUGUUGCGAAAUAUUAAGUUGGAUUGCCCUUCUUCAGCGAUUAGUUUGUAUGCUUUAUUCUGAACCUGUCAUACGUGCGGCUCAAACCUGGUGCCAGGAACUUGAGAGAUGUGCCCAAAAUGUGAAGAAGAUUCCCGUAGUGGCUGUUGCGAAGCCGUUCCAGUUGUGGAAAAUAGAAGGCAUGCUGACGGUUCAUGCUCUUCAAGUAUAUCGAGAGAUGCUUUUAUGUCAAAUCUAAGUACAAUUUCUAGAACUUCUUUGCCGGAUCAUGUAUACAAGAGAAGAAAGCUACGACAGGGUUCUGACAGCAUUUUCAAUGAACGGAUGCCGGGGGACAUGAAAAGAAGAGGGAAUUCUCCUUCUGCCAAUUGUUCUAUUGGUCCUUCAAUCACAGAAAAGGAGCCUUCAUUAGGAUGCUUGUCCAAACAUGAAAUUGUUGCUGCUGGAGAACCAGUCCCAUCCCUGGCGGUUGAUAGCCAUCCCCAUGUAUCAGAUUCUGAACCUUUUCGUAAAUACAAGGUCCUGGUAGAAAGUGGUCUAGAUGAAGCAUCAAUAGGUAGAAUGCACAAAGUAAUUGAUGUUGACAGUGUAAAUGACAGUUGUUCAUCAAAAUCAAACACAGAACUUACCUCAACUUCCUUGAGAACAGAAGCUGAUGAGACUUGUGAAUGUUCCUCUUCUAGUGUAACCCUUAUGGAAGGAAGAAGUGAUGUACCCUUAAGGGAAAAUGAUAUCUGCAUCUCCAUCCUUAGAAGCCAUGGAUUGCUCGAAAGAACUUGUUCAACACCAACUCAUGCCUCUGAAGAUACCGUGUUUGACAGCAGGGACUGUAGCGAUGCCCGCUCAUGCAAAACUUGUGAUCGCAAUGGGGAAGCACUGAAAAUGCUAAUAUGUGAUAAUUGUGAUGAAGCAUUUCACUUAUCUUGCUGCUAUCCUCGUAUAAAAAAGAUUCCACAGAAUGACUGGUUUUGUCCCUCUUGCUUGAGAAAGAAGCACAUUGUAAUCAAGCAGACAGCUACCAAGAAACCAACAAAAACUAUUACUGAAACUGCUAGAGGCAAAAGCGCAUCUGCUGUGGACGAUUCAAAUCCAAUAGCAUUAAUGUUAGAAGAUGACGAGCCAUAUAUGACAAGUGUUCGUGUUGGCAAAGGUUUCCAAGCUGAUGUUCCUGAAUGGAGAGGUCCUCAAAAAGAUGACAUCAGCAUGGUUGAGGAACCACCAGUAAUAGAUCCUUCAGAGUAUGCCCAUCAGCAAGAUUUGAAAUUAAGCAAGCCUUUUAGGCUUAGCUCCAUUGGCAAUUGGCUUCAAUGUCGGAAGAGAGUCGAUGAUGCAGAAGGUGUUAAUGGAAAUAUAUGUGGAAAGUGGCGCAGAGCACCUCUUUUUGAAGUCCAAACUGAUAAGUGGGAGUGCUUCUGUUCUGUUUUCUGGGAUCCAAGCCAUUCUGAUUGUGCUGUCCGUCAGGAGCUGGAGACAGAUCAAGUUCUGAAGCAACUAAAGUAUAUUGAGAUGCUGAGGCCGCGACUUGCAGCUAGCAGACAAAAGUUUGUCCUAUCCAAGAGUGAAGUCUCUCAGGAACCCUCAGAGAAUGCGACCAACAUAUAAGCCCUCGAAGAAUGUCAAUGUACGUGCUUGAUGAUUCUGUGAGGUGUCUGUAAUGCCAGCCUCAGCUCAUAAAUUUCUUUAUGCAGAAAUAGCUGAUUCCAAUUUUGAGUUUCAUGUUUUUGGUCCCUUCUCCCUAUUCUCAUUCAGCUAUUGGUUUUUAACAUUUUUGUUAGCUGUAGAAAGACCAUACAAUCAGUCUACUAUUAGUGAAAUAGGUCCUUAGUUGAUCAUUUUUAUCUAGAAAUUUCUGUAUAAACCAUAGUGACCUGUAGCCUUUUGCCCAUUGGGGGAGGUAAGAAUGUAUCGUGUAGAUUACAGUGUGCGAAUAGUAAACCUUAGCAAAAUGGUUCUAGUUCUA